AGUCGGAGCGCGGCGCCGAGCGGAGCAGGAGGGGAUAAGCGGGGCACAGCCAGCCGAGCACCAGCACCAGCAGCGCCGAUAGCCACCGUCAGCCGCACCGGAACGAGCGCACCAUGAUAAACACCCAGGACAGUAGUAUUUUACCUUUGAGUAACUGUCCCCAGCUGCAGUGCUGCAGGCACAUCGUUCCAGGGCCUCUGUGGUGCUCCUGAUGCCCCUCACCCACUGUCGAAGAUCCCCGGUGGGCGAGGGGGUGGCAGGGAUCCUUCUCUUUCAGCUCUGAUUUAUAAGGAUGAGAAGAUCACUGUUAGCCAAGAUGUCCCAGUGCAUGAAGGGAAGCCUCACAUUGUCCACUUCCAGUACAAGGUCACAGAGGUGAAGACCUCCUCCUGGGAUGCAGUGCUCUCAAACCAGAGCCUCUUUGUGGAAAUCCCUGAUGGAUUAUUAGCUGAUGGAAGCAAAGAAGGGUUGUCAGCACUGCUGGAAUUUGCUGAAGAAAAAAUGAAAGUCAACUAUGUCUUCAUCUGCUUCAGAAAAAGCAGAGAAGAUCGAGCUCCACUCCUGAAGACGUUCAGCUUCUUGGGCUUUGAGAUCGUGCGGCCCGGCCACCCCGCUGUCCCGGCACGGCCCGACGUGAUGUUCAUGGUGUACCCCCUGGAUCAGAGCUCUUCCUCCGACGAAGAAUAGCUGCAGAGGGCAACUCCAGUGGGACCCUACCUGCUGUGGAGGGGAGAGAGGACCACCUCCUUUCCUGAGGAGAGGGAAGCAGAGCUUCUGUUGGACUGCAAGCGCAUUUCUCAUUGUUAGAUUGGGCUGUGUACCCCCAGAGUUGACUCUCAUUGAAACAUGUUGCCUAGAGAACUAUCUAUCACACAUGUAAUCAUCACUAGGAAAAGGAAGAUGUUUAUGAACUGGCAUAGGAGCUCUUCCCAUGCAGCUGCAUGGUGUGGGAGCCCCGGGGUCGGUACCACCUUCGGGACUCCUCCGACCCCCACUGGUGCCGCCUGCCCGCCCAGCGUGGGCUCAGCUGGGACACGACCCCUUCAUGUCCCACUCAAGACCUUACAAACAGCCUGCCUUGGUGUGGGGCCCGUGCAGGAGACACUCAAGUUUAUCCUUUAACACUACAUUAAACCCCCCAUACAUCUCCACUCCAAUGCUGGUUUAACUGGUCUAACCUUUUUAUUUUCCCUUUUUUUUUUUUUGAAACUUCUUGCUCUUCCAGCUUUUGUUUUACGCAGUCUUAACCCUGUUCCAUGUUCCCACUACACUAUCACAGCAUUCAAUAAAAGGGGCAUUCAGAUGAACU